AUGAAGAGAUUGUUCAUUACUACCUUCUUUCCUAAUUGUUCCAACAAUAGCAAUGGUGCAAAGGUGAACAACCACACGUCUUUAGCGGAUUCUUAUUCACCACAAGAGGAGGAACCUUCUUCCAUCAAUGACUUUGAACUGAUAUCAAGAACACUCUCGAGUCGCGGAUUGACCGACAAUGACCUUCUGAAAGCAGUGAAUAAUGGUAGGAACACUCUCCAACAACUCUCAUCAAGUCUCGGUAUUUCAUUGACGCAUUUGCAAGAGUAUCACAAGCAUUUGGUGAGAAAGUUGAAACGUGUGGAUGACACGAGGAGAAGGGAACCUUCAAAACCAACUCCCAUCCGUGUCACACCAAUGAACCAUCAUGGCCACUUGAAUGCAUCCGAAACCAACAACAAGCUUUUUAUUGGUAACGACAAUCACCACCAUCAUCAUUCUUUCACUCAUAAUCAUCAUCAUCAUCACCACCACCAAUCAGGCCCUCUCCAAUCCAGCAAUCAUUCCUUGUCAUCUUCCUUGUCGUCAUAUGUGAAAGAAAAUUAUUUUAGUGAAGACGUUCACACCGAAACUGCGGAGGUCAUCUCAUCAAGCAGCAUUCAAAUCUCGACUGUUAGUAACACAAAUACUUCAGCUAUUUCAGAAUUCCAUCAUAGUCCUUUCUCUUCCUCUCUCAAAUCAGGAGGCACUAUUAGCUCUUCCAUCGAUUACAACUUUUUCGAUGAUGACACUCGUGACGGUUUGUCAGCACAUGAUAAAUACCAUCAUGCCCCAAGACAGCACAACAAUGAUGAUGACAGUGAGCUACUACUUGACGAUAAUCAUUCGCUCGAUAACGUUGUUCAAAAUGCCAUUGAUGACGCAAAUCAACCAUCCGCUGGUGCUACGAUCCUUCCUCUUCAGGAAUUUCCGUCUCCAGAAGAGAAGGCGAAAGAGGAGUUGCAAAACAUUAUCGGCAUUAUUCAAAAUCAGAAUAAGGCAUUCCCAAAGUCUGCUCUGGUGGCAGCAUUCAAAAAACUCAAUGAUGAAGGAAGAUUGCCCAGUACACCUUUCAAUGUGACGAGCCCAAUUCGUCCCCUCACUCCUACCUCGCCAGCAGUUCAAACUCUUGGGAAGCCAAGUGGUAGUGUUGCCACCAUCAUUACAGAUGUCGAUUCAGAUUGCACUCCUACACUCGUGACGUCAGUACUCAGCAUUGAUGAUUCAAUCCUGCUUCGACCGUCAAGCACUGCCAGUAACUAUUCCAAUUCUACCACUUCACCUUUCAUGUAA